CUCCUCUGACGUCACGGUUCCCACGGGGAAGAAGGAAAGAUGGCGGCGGUGUUGGAGCGCAGCUUCAUAGAGAUCUGCGGCUUUGAGAGGGAAACUUUGCCGCGCUUCAGAGAAGUCACCGUUAACCUAGAAGUUGCUGCUCUCCCCGGGGGGCAGAAGUUCCCGGACAGCGCCGGAGCAUUUCACUAUGAGGAGAGUGGGAAGCUGCUGUCUGUCACCAGCAACAGAUUCAUUCACUGGUCCACGUCAGGAGACACGGUACAGCUGGUGGAGCAGUCUCUGGACACCAACCUGCUCAACAAUGCCGUCAGACUCAAGUUCAUACACUGCACAGUGCUGCCAGGGGGCGUCGCCAUCCAGGAGACGCUCAACAAUGUCAUCAUCCUUGUCUGCACCAAUCAGACUGUCCACAGGCUUGUGCCCCAUCCAUCACGCAUGUACCGCAGUGAGCUGGUGACGGAGCUCCACAUGCAAUCUGUGUUCACUGAUGUGGGGAAGCUGAGCCUUCAGGACUCCGCCCACAGCGCCAUCAUCCCCAGCUCAGCGGGACUGACAGGAAGUCCCUUCACAUCCACAGCCUGGCUCAGUCAGUCUGGAGAGGCUCACUAUGCUGGUGCCCCUACUGGAGGCAUCAUGGUGGUGACUCUUCCCUCCCACAACACGCCAGGCCCCGUGGCGGUGCUGGAGCUGAGGCGGAGCUCUAUGAUGCAGAGGCUCUCUGGCUGGAUGCCAUCAGCGAUGAUGCGAGGUGAUCACAGUCCUGCUGACCUGGUGUCCAGUCUGUGUGUGAGGGAGUUAGAGGAAGACUCCUUCAUCUUCGCCCUCUGUCAGGACCACAAACUGCGCAUGUGGUCUGUCAGGGAACAGGCCUGUCUGCUCGAGGCAGACAUGUUGGAUUACAUGCCGGCCUGCAGAGGGGUGAAGCGUCUGUCGGGUCAGGGUCACCGCCUCCGCCUGGCCUUCUCCGCCUCAACCGGCCUGUGUGUGUGUGUUUACCUGAGUGUACCCCAGAGAGGACAGUUCACUGUGCUGCAGCUCAUCGCCACAGACAACCAGCGCUACAGCCUCGACCACAUCUCCACCCUGUUCAGCUCUCAGGAGACUCUGGUGGACUUCUCACUGACUUCCUCCGACAUCUGGGCUGUGUGGGUGGACGAAUCAAACUCCUCUGUGGUUAAAUACAUCAACUUUGAACAUAACACAGCAGGUCAGUGGAACCAGGUGUUUGUUCAGCCUCCACCUGAAGAAGAAGUUCAUAUAGGAGUGGACCAGGACCCCAGAGAAACGUACCUGGAAGUUCUCUUCUCUCCUCUCCGUUUCACAGCUUCUGCCAUCGUCAAAGCUCUACAGAUCUUCCGUCGGGGCUCAGAGAGGAUCUCAGAAGUGUCGUGGGAGGGUCUGAAGAAGGAGGUGACUUUGGCUGUGGAGAGCGAGCUUCAGAGCAGUUUGACAGAGUUUGAGUUCUCUCAGGAGGAGUAUCGUCAGCUGCAGGUGGAGUUCUGGUCCAGGUUUUACUCCUGCUGUCUGCAGUAUCAGGAGGUCCAAUCAGAACCUCUGAGUCUGACCGUGAACCCCAGCACAGGACUGGUGUGUCUGCUCAGGAAGGGCUUUGUGUCCUUCCUCUUGCCGUGCUUUGCUGUGGAUCACCUUUACCUGUCCUAUGAUGAGUACCUGUCGUCAGAGGAGGACACGCCCCUUACUGAAGAUGCAGAGUUGGGGCGGGACGUCCUGCAGCUCGUUCAGUGUGUGCGUGCUAUCAGUGAUGCCAUCUCUGGAGAGAUGGCGUACGAAAUGGAGAAAGCUCUGGAACACCUGCAGUCACCUGAGAGGGCAGCAGAGCUCAUCCUGGAACACCUGCUGUCCAACGACAGUGAGAACGUGAUCGAGGACAUCCAGAACAAGCUGCAGGACAUCAGGAACCCGGCGGCCGCCAUGAUGGUUCUCCUGAGGGAGCUGGACCUGGAGACCGACUCUGAACCUGCAGCAGAGGGACCUGUCACACCUGGUCACAGUCUGAACGUAAGGAUAAACCUGUCUCAGGUGAUGGGAAGCAGCUCGGCUGUGUCUCUCGUCUGUCAGGCCGUCUGUCACAUGACCAUGACCAGAGCUUUGUUCUGCAGAGACCUGCUGAUCCUGCAGAAACUCUACCUGCGCUUUGGAGACAACGUGUUUCUGGGAGGGGGGGCUCAGCUGCUGCAGCUCCAGCAGGACUUGAUUCCUCGCAGCUCUCACCUCCUGUCCUCCUAUCACCUCCUCAAACACAUCAGCCAAAGUCCCGCCUCCUCCGUACCUGUGGACAUCCUAGAUGCUCACCUGCAGCACCUGACCGUGUUGGAACUGUCAGACUCUCCGUCUCUCUCCUCGCACAGAUCAGUGCUGAGUCCUCAGACAGUGGUGGAGCUCGUCUAUCAGACGGUAGCGAGGAAGAUGAUGGUGUCUCAGAUCUUCUCCCAGCAGCACGCCGACGCUCUGCUCCCCUGGAGUCACAUCACCUCCAGCCUGGUCCACCUGCUGGCUCAGCUGCUUUGGCCCAAUAACCCAGGUUUCCAGUUCCCAGAGUGUCUGAUGGCUAACUGUCAGUACACACAGCUACAGGAGUAUGUGAGGCUGAUUGGUCCUUGGUGUCAGGUGAACGUGGGCUCCCGUCGUUUUAUGAUGGGUCAGUGUUACCUGGCCAACGGAGAGGGACAGAAGGCUCUGCAGUGUUUCCAGGAGGCAGCGACGGAGGUGGAGAAAGAAGAGUUCCUCUUGAGACUGACAGGCAGCGAGGAGGAGGAGUCUGCAUCCACCCCCCGUCUACAGUACUACAACAAGGUGCUGAGGCUGUUGGAGGAUGUCGGCCUGCCUGAGCUCGUUAUCCAGCUGGCCUCUCUCGCCAUCACAGAGGCCGCUAACGACGUCAACAGUCAGGCGGCUCUGAGGACCAGAAUCUUCAAACAUCAUUUGGACCUGGGUCACAACAGUGAGGCAUACGAAGCGCUCACACAGAACCCUGACUGCAGCAUGCAGCUGGAUUGUCUCCGUCAGCUGGUGGUGGUUCUGUGUGAACGCUCUCAGCUGCACGAUUUAGUUCAGUUCCCGUAUGUCAACCUGCAUGACGAGGUGGUGAGUAUCAUCGAGUCCCGAGCCAGAGGUCUGGACCUUCUGGCUCACAACUACUACGAGCUGCUGUACGCCUUCCACAUCAACAGACACAACUACAGGAAAGCUGGUACGGUGAUGUUUGAGCUGGGGAUGCGUCUGGGUCGGGAGGUUAGGACUCGUCAGGGUCUUCAGAAACAGGUGAACUGUUACCUGUCAGCUCUCACCUGUCUGCGCCUCAUCAGACCAGAGUACGCCUGGAUCGUCCAGCCCGCCUCCGGAGCUGUGUAUGAGCGUCCAGGAGCGUCUCCAAAGAGGAACUCUGAUGGAGAGUUCUCUUCAGAACCAGUCAGGCGUCAGGUGGACAUCCUGGAACUCAAGGACCUGGAGAAGGAGUACAUCCUGUCCCGCAGCCGCCUCACUCUGGCACAGCACCACCCGCCGUCCGCUGCCAUCGCAGGCAGUGCGUCAGCAGAAGAGAUGGUGGCAUUGUUGGUCCAAACAGGACUGUUUGACUCGGCUCUGUCCGUGUGUCAGACGUUCGAUCUGAACUUGACGUCUGUGUACGAGAGUCUCACCUUUAAGUGUAUUAAGCUCCAAUUUGGGGGGGAGGAGUCUCAGAAUGAAGCCUGGAGCUGGUUGGCUGCCAAUCAGUUGUCAUCAGUCGUCAACACCAAAGAGUCCAGUGCGACAGACGAGGCGUGGCGACUGCUGGCCUCUUACCUGGACAGGUACCCCUCCUCUAACGGACGACAUCAUCGCUGUGUCAUCAACAAGCUGCUGUCACACGGCGUCCCUCUGCCUGAUUGGUUGCUAAAGUCCUACAAGGCAGUGGAUGCAGCGUCUCUGCUGCGACUCUUCUUGAACUUUGACCUCCUGGAGGCCGCAGCUGAGCUGGUUCUGGAGUUCAUUGAUGCUCUGCUGGGACGAGGACACCAGUACUACGGAAUACAGAGGCCUUUGUCGGCGACCUCGUCCUCCGUCUGGUUGCCGUACACGUCCAUCGAUCAGCUGCUGCAGACGCUUGAGACUCAGACCAACAGCACUAUUUAUAAAAAAGUCCGAGACAAACUGGACGAUUAUCACAGACUGGUGGAGCAGACCACCAAACGGAGACUCAUCGCUCCGUAAGCACUCACCUGACAGCUCCGACCAAUCAGAGCGCAGUGACCUUCAUAACAGAAGAUCUGUGUUUUUUAUAUUUGUCUUUUGUACUUGUCUUGUUUUGUAAAUUUGAUCUGAAUAAAGUUUUCUUUGAAUUUCA